AUGAUUAUCGAGGUAUAUAUGCAACACAUUCAGAGCCUUAUGAAAUUUUUCUUUGGCCAGGAAAAUAUUUGUUUGAAUUAUUGGGACGUAUCUGGUGGUGGAACUGCAGCUAACGGAGCUUACGUGAGAGGAUAUAUUAAAUUUGAGAAACCUAUAAUUUAUAUCUUCAUGUCGGAUCUCAAAUCUAUACUGGUGCAAAAACUUCCAUCUUUAGGCGGCGGAGGUCCAGGCCAAUUUUCUGGUGGGGAUCAUCCGUCAUCCGUCUUGAACCAGGCGAUUUUAUGGAAUUUCAACGGUUUGAAAAGUCGAAUAAAGUCGUUGCUGCUGCGUGCAGGUGUUGGUGAUGGGCUGUUUGGAUUCAACAAGCUCAUCUGA